CGAGAAAGGUCGGGUGUUGCGAGACAGCGUAAAAAAGGGAACUUUGGCUUAACUCUAACUUCAGCGAUCGCCUUCAACUAAAAAGGACUAUGAUUGCGCAACACAUGAUGGGUUUUGUUUCGGGAGUAUGUUUGCUGUUUUCGGGAUGGAUGACAUACAGUGAAGCAAGUGUCCCCGAAAACCUGGACAAGAGCAUCGAAGAGCUCAAAGCGUACUAUAUAAAAGAAGAUUCUCAGCUACAUAAUGCACACCCCAUCUUCCUGCGAAUCCUGAAAGAUUUAAAGGUGAAUCUUGAGGAAAGUGAGCAGAAUCUGCUGAUGAGCAUUGUAAUGGACACAUACAGUAGGAUAUUCACUCGCAUGCAGAAUGACAGCCUGGAUGAAGCUACAAAGGAGAGGCUGGCACAUGUUCAAGAGCAUUUGAAAAAACUGCAAGAAAACUACUUCCCAGGCAAGAGUGCAGAGCUCAGGACGUAUGCAGAAACGCUAUGGGCGAUCAAGGAAAAUGACCCGAUUGUCCAGCGCAAGGCUUUGUUUGAGCUGAAGCGUGUCUAUAGAGAAGCAACACUCCUGAAAAACUUGAAGAAUAAAGAACGCAAGAGACGACAGGCUAAAGCAUCAAGAAGCAAAAGUCUAAAUAGAGGUUGAUCAUUUCAUAAAAUGGUGUGAAAUUAGUUUUGUUAUUUAUUAUAUUUAUUUAUUUUUGCACACAUUUUUAAAACU